AUGGCAGAUGUUCCACAAGUCAUUUCUGACCCGCAAUUAUUCCAACAUGACGCCAAAGAUGCGCCACUGACGCUCACCUUCUUCCUUCCAGAUGGCGAGUCAAAGCUAACAGUUACAGAGGACAAAGAUCUUCAUCAGAUCUCCAUAUACGAACACUCUUCAUCUUCUGUCAGUGGGGAGCAUCCCAGACUCAUAGGGCUAUACAAACUCUCCUCGGACCCUUCCCACACACUCAUCACCUCCAUACCCGGCCUCUUUAAAUCAGAAAGACACUCUCCCGUCCCCGCGUUCAUCUUCACAUCCCCCUCAAGCGAUAUAUCCAAUGAAAAUUUCUGGAAAACGCUCUAUGCUCUUUGGAUCCGUCGCACAACGUCGGAACGACUUCCAGUCAUCCUCUCACCAUCUCUCACCAAUGAAACCCUUUCUGAUCUUUCCCUCUUCCUGACAACUACAGGUCUUGCCUACCCAGCACCGGAUCCCUCUCCCUCCCCUCCAAACACACCUAUUGCCACUUUUUGGUCAUCCUCUCCCAAUCCAAACCCAUCCUCAACCACCGAAUCUAUUCACACCCGCCUUAUUCUCAUUCGUUCCUCAUUCUGGCAAGCAGCAGGAAUCCCUCCGGGUCUUCACUGGCUCAGACACCCAGCCCUUUUCCCAUCACCCUACGGGACGACCUUCCCCCCAAUCGUAAGCUUCACCAACUCAAUGUCCCCGCCAAUCUUAACAACCCAUCCUCUCCGCCCACCCAAGCCGCCCCCCGAUGCGAUUCUCUAUCGCAGACACAUCAUCUCUCUCAACUCGACUCUAACCCUCCGCCAUCUCAAUCCUUCCAACCUACGGACCUUCCGAAAAUACGCUACAUGGCAAAAUAGUGAUCGCGUAAACGAGGGGUGGAGAGAAAGGGGGGACGACGAGCAUCAUAAGAGGUAUUUGGAGAAGAUGCUCAAUGACCGACAUUCAAUGAGUGUGAUUGUGGAGUGGGACGGUGAGAUGGCUGGAUAUGCUGAGGUCGCUUGGAGCUUGGAAGAUGGAUGUGCGGCUUUCUUGAGAGGUGUUGAGGGUGGAUCGGGGGCAACACCUGGAGUUUGGGACCAGGGGACUCACUACCUUGUCGGAGAGGAGAAGUUCCGGGGAAGAAGGAGGUUUACGGCUGUGAUGGUCUCACUCAAGCACCUCUGUUUUCUCCGCGACCCCAGGACGAAUAUUGUCAUGGGCGAACCCCGUUUCGACUUGCCCAUCAUACCGUUGCUUGCUACCUAUCUCCCUCAAGAGUUCAAUCGGGAAUUCGAACUCCCUCACAAGCGAGCAGUGUAUUUUGUUUUGAGAAGGGAACGAUUCUUUCAAGCUGCUAUCCUCUACUGA